AUGACUUUUAGUGCAAUUGCAGUGGAGUUUUGGUCUGACUUUUGGUGCAAUUGCAGAGGGGUUUUCGAUGGGGUUUUAGUGGAGUUUCAAUGGGGUUUUCGAAGACGCCACAACCAGUCUUCUGUGAUUCUGGAUGAAGACGAUGAGAGGCUAUGGAAUGAGAAAAAUGGUCUUGGACGAGUCAAACCCAGAUCUACUGAUGUGAAGGCACAGCUUCGACUGAUCACAGAUGUAGCUCCAGUGACUCAAAUCUGCUGCGACACCGCUUUGGCGAAACGAAGGCGGAGCUCUGGAGACGCAGUUCGACGAAAGCUUGUGGAGAAACUACAGCCGGUGAAAUAG